UUAAUCCAACUGAAUUAUACCCUUGUCUCUGAAGCAUUCACUCACUAUCAAAAAAUGUGUUCUUUGUAUUAAGCUGUCAUUGGCAAUGCAUUCUGCCCCACAUGCAACCAACGUGCCACCCCAUAUUUCUCUCUCUUUCUUGAAAUUUAAGGUGGAAGCUUGCCAAUGCCACCCCACCCCACACCCCAGUUGAAAAUUACCUGACUGACAGAUUUUAUCUUCAAUUGUGUUUAGAUUUUUAUUUGUUCAGUCAAUCUCGAAGCAUUCUUUCAUUGUUCACUUCUUACCCUUUUCAGCUCACAGAUUGGUUCAAGGAUUUCUUGUCCUGUUGCAGUGUUUUAUUGCAAAUUGAUUAUUUCAUUUAAUAAAUACUAAGUUCCGUUGUUGAACUAAUCUGGGAGUGAGUUUAGAGAUCUGGUUGUUUAGGGCCUUUUUCAUUCUUGUCUUCUUUUGCUGGUGUUUGGGAAAAUGGGGGGUUCAGAAGAGAGAGUUGUUGCUGUGAUCAUGGUGGGUGGCCCAACUAAAGGGACCAGAUUUAGGCCAUUAUCACUUAAUACUCCAAAGCCCCUAUUCCCAUUGGCUGGACAGCCAAUGGUUAAUCAUCCUAUAUCUGCUUGUAAAAGGAUACCGAAUUUAGCUCAAAUCUACCUCAUUGGUUUCUAUGAGGAGCGUGAAUUUGCAUUGUUUGUGUCAUCAAUAUCCAAUGAGCUCAGAGUUCCUGUCCGAUACUUGAAAGAGGACAAGCCACAUGGUUCAGCAGGCGGACUUUAUAACUUCAGGGAUCAAAUCAUGGAAGAGAGCCCGUCUCAUAUCUUUUUGUUGAAUUGUGAUGUUUGCUGCAGUUUUCCUCUUGCAGAGAUGCUAGAGGCCCAUACAAGCUAUGGUGGGAUGGGGACCAUUUUGGUGAUCAAGGUUUCUCCAGAGUCUGCAAGCCAGUUUGGGGAGCUUGUAGCUGAUCCCGUUACAAAUGAAUUGUUGCAUUACACGGAGAAGCCUGAAACUUUUGUGAGCGACCGGAUCAACUGUGGUGUGUAUAUAUUUACCCCUGAUAUAUUCACGGCCAUUCAAGGCGUGUCAUCCCAAAGAAAAGACCGAGCUACCCUUAGGCGCAUAUCCAGUUUUGAAGCACUUCAACCAGCAAACAGGAGUCUCCCAUCAGAUUUUGUAAGACUAGAUCAGGACAUUCUAUCACCACUUGCUGGAAAAAAGCAGUUUUAUGUGUAUGAAACGACAGAUUACUGGGAACAAAUCAAAACUCCAGGAAUGUCCCUGAGAUGCUCAGGUUUGUACCUCGCCCAGUUCAGGCGCACCUCACCACAUCUCAUGGCUAGUGGGGACGGCACGAAGAAUGCUGCAAUUUCUGGCAACGUAUACAUCCAUCCAUCAGCAAAAGUCCAUCCAACUGCUAAGAUCGGUCCCAACGCUUCAAUCUCAGCUAAUGCUAGGAUCGGAGCUGGUGUGAGGCUUGUCAACUGCAUUAUUCUUGAUGAUGUCGAAAUCAAGGAAAAUGCGGUGGUGAUUCAUGCGAUUAUUGGAUGGAAAUCGUCCAUCGGAAGGUGGUCUAGAGUCCAGGCCUCAGGUGACCAUAACGCAAAGCUUGGGGUCACCAUUCUAGGUGAAUCGGUGACAGUGGAAGAUGAAGUUGUGGUGAUCAACAGUAUUGUUCUUCCAAACAAGACUAUGAAUGUCAGUGUUCAAGAAGAAAUUAUACUGUGAGAUCUUCAACAAGUUGUGGUGAUCUAUUGACACAUCUUCGACUUUUAGAUGCUUGUAUCCUCUUCUUAUCAAUUAUUCAUCUGAUCAUUGAGAUCUUAUUGGAAGGUGCAUUUUAAGGUUGGAAUAAAUGAAAUCUUCAUCUUUCUUUA